AUGUCAAAAAGCAGUGAAGGUGUAGCUCUUCGAGAGAUCCAUUGGAAAACAUUGGUUCUGGGUUCUCAUUAUCCAGAUGAAUUCAAUGCUGGAAAAUUUCGAAGUAUUCCAACUGAUCAAUUUCCAAUUGAUAUUGUUUUGGGAUUGGAAAAACCUGCCAAUAUUUAUAAAGUUCAAAUUGAUGUGGAUGAAAAAUUGACACGUAUGUUUUUGAUUUUUUUUCUUGCUGGGUCAGCAAUGCUGACAUAACGUUUUUACAGCCUCCAGAAUUUCGAUUCGAAUUGGCUAUCAAAGAAAUCUUCAAGAAGAAGUAAAUUAUAAAAAUGCGCGACUUGCGAAAUUUCAAAAACCAGUUAUUUUGGAUUACCAUAAAAGACAAAGAUCAAUGAGUCGUAUUGAUACAAAGUAAUUUGAAUUCGAAAUUUUGAAACAAGAUUUAUUAAUGUUUAAUUAUAGAAACGCUUUUACUGAUUCUGUCGGUCAAUAUGUUUGGAUUACUGUAGAAAAGGCGAUUGAUCAUAUUGUGAAUCCAAAUGGAAUUGUUGGCAUUGAUAAAUUGGUAGUUCUAGGUUACCCACUUCCGGUUCAUAAAAUCGAAGAAGAAGAGAAAGAAAAAGAAAAAGAAAAAGAAAAAGAGAGACCAGUAUCGAAAGCAUCUAUUAGAUCUUCAACUCCCAAACCAAAACUUGAAGAUCGAGUUGUAAAAAUUGAAAGGCAUAGCUAGUAAGAUUUAUUUUACUCCAGAAUUCCAAAUCCUAAAAAAUUCCAGCGAAGGCGAUGGUAUGUCAAUGACAAGUGAAAAUAUCCUCGGAGGGGAUCCAUUGACAUCAGUUCGCACAAUUCGACGAGUUUUGGAGAAGAAAAUGGAAAAAUCAAACGAGGCUGGCAAAACAAUACAAGCUACAGUAUGUUUGAGAGCUAUUCAGCGGAUUGAUGAAUAUGAGGCGAGGAUUGAAGAUUUGUCAACCAGACGGAGUAAGGCUCUUGAAGUUGGCGAUUUGCAAAUGGUAACCUUGUCUCUGAAUGAGUGAUACCAAUAACAAUUUCUAUUCAUUCAGGCAGAGCGACAUCGUUUAGCUAUGAUUGAUUGUCGAGACACUGUUUUUCGCGCAAUCCAUGUGGAUCUGCUGUUAGAUAGAGAAGAACUACACGCAAUUGGAGUGGAAUCAGAAUGGGCUUCAAAUGAGCAGACCUGA